AUGGUUAAUUGUGGGGCUUGCGGUAAGUUCCUCUCGUCGUCGGGUGGCGCUGCCUGCUCGGUGUGUCUGUUAAAAUUCCAUAAAGCCUGUUUAAACAUCCCUGAAAAGGCUACUAUCAGCAAGGAAUGGGCAUGUCUCGGUUGUAAAAAGAGCAGUCGAAAAGGAGAUAAUACGCCAGUUAAGAGUAUUUGUGAUUCUCCGCCUGGGUCUAAUGUAUCAGCUGAGAAUCAUGGUAAUGCGAGUAUGGAUGAGAGUAGGUACCGUGAACUCACUGAUUUUAUGGGAGAGAUGCGCGAGUUUCGGAGAGAAAUGAGAGAGCUACGUGAAUCUUUGAUGGCCCGACUGAAUUCUGUGGAAAUAAGGUUGGAUGCACUAGAGCAACAAAAGCUGGAUACCGGGGCCGGCGGGGCUGAUGAAUUGAGGUGUACAAUUGAACAUUUGAAGCAAGACUUGAACGAUCGCGAACAAGAGGCAUUAUUAUCUGAUCUUGAUAUCGGUCAAAUGUCGGAGGAGAAAGGGGUUUCCGUCACGCAGUCCGUCGUCGUUUUGGCCUCGCGGUUGGGUGUCUCCAUCGAGGAGCGUGACAUAGUAUUCGCGGAGCGUGUGGGGCCGCCACCGGCAGAGGCGAGCGGGCGGCCGCGACGCGUUAUUGUGCGUCUGUCUCGCCGCCAUCUCCGUGACGAGCUGCUGCAUGCUGCGCGGGUGCGACGCAACUUCACUGGCACCGCGGGCGGCCGGAUAUACCUCAAUGAGCGGUUAACUCGCUCCAACCGCCAACUCUUCCAAAGGGUCCGUGAGGAGUGUCGCAAGCAGCAAUGGAGAUACUCUUGGACGAAGCGUGGUCGCAUUUACGCUAGGAAGGGGGACGGUUCUCAAGUCUACCAGUUUCGCUCCGUGACGGAUCUGGAAAGGGUAUUUUGUGUAUCUCAAAAGGCAUGA